AUUCAGAUCGGAGGAAAACAGAAGCUGUACUGAGUAACACUAAGGGAACACAGCUCGGGUUCUACGGAAGAGGAUCACCACUGGAUACCGCGGGUAGGCUGUAGGACGCCUGACACCGGAAGACACCUGACUGAAGGAUCGUAAACGCAUGGAAUAGAGACAGGAUGAAGAUCUGUACACUUCUCUUUUUUUCCUUCCUGGGAUUAGGACUGACAGUCCCCAUCGAACGAGCCACUCCAAAAAAGGAAGAAGAGCCCCCACCUCCGGAACAAACAGACACAGGGCUGUACUAUGACAGAUACCUGCGGGAGGUUAUUGAUGUGCUGGAGACAGACGGACAUUUCAGGGAGAAGCUCCAAGCAGCAAAUGCUGAUGACAUCAAGAGUGGCAAACUCAGCAAGGAGCUGGACUUCGUGAGUCACAAUGUGAGGACCAAGCUGGAUGAGCUGAAGCGGCAGGAGGUGUCCAGGCUACGCAUGCUGAUAAAAGCCAAAAUGGACGCAACAAUGGAAGAAAAUGUCCAGAUUGACCACAUGUCUUUACUGAAGCAAUUUGAGCACCUGGACCCCCAGAAUCAACACACCUUUGAAGCCCGUGAUCUAGAACUCCUGAUUCAGGCAGCCACAAAAGAUCUUGAAAACUACGAUGCUGCUCGCCAUGAGGAAUUCAAACGCUAUGAGAUGAUGAAGGAACACGAGAGGCGAGAAUAUCUCAAGUCAUUGGAUGAGGAGAAAAGGAAAAUGGAGGAAGCCCAUUAUGAGGAGAUGAAAAAGAAACACCGAGAGCACCCUAAAGUCAAUGUCCCUGGAAGCAUGGAUCAGUUGAAAGAAGUAUGGGAAGAAACUGAUGGAUUGGAUCCUAACGAAUUCAACCCUAAGACAUUUUUUAAAUUACAUGAUACAAAUGGUGAUGGAGUCUUGGAUGAGCAGGAACUUGAAGCUCUGUUUACCAAGGAGUUAGAGAAAGUGUAUGACCCAAAGAAUGAAGAGGACGACAUGGUGGAAAUGGAAGAAGAAAGGUUGCGUAUGAGAGAGCAUGUCAUGAAAAAUGUGGAUACAAACCAGGAUCGCUUGGUUACUCUUGAUGAGUUCUUAAAAUCUACUGAAAGAAAGGAAUUUAAUGAAGCUGAUGGAUGGGAGACAGUCGAUGAAACACAAAUUUACACAGAAGAAGAGCUGCGCAGAUUUGAGCAAGAGCUUUCUGCUCAGGAAUCUGCAUUGAACCAGCGGGCUGAGGAACUUCGCAAAGAACACGAACAGUUACAGCAACAGCAGAUAGAGCUAAAUGCUCAGAAAAAGGAAUACCAUCAGGCUGUUCUGCAAAUGGAACAGAAAAAAGCCCAACAGACAGGAGCUGAGGCUGCUGCUGGUCCAAAUGGAGAGCUGAAGUUUCAGCCUGAAGCACCCCAUGCAGAAUCCGAAAAUGCUAAAGCAGUGGAAGAGCAACCCAAGCCAGUAGAACAGCAACAGAAGACAGAAGUUCAUCCUGGAGCCCCAGGUGAGGCAGACCACCAAGUAGGACAGAAGGAGCCUGAGGUACCUCACAGCCAAGGACAAGACCAGCAAGCUCAUCCUGGUCAAUCAUAGGGGAAACCCCAAAGAGGACAGUGUAUGGAGGCAGAGACCAGGCCAAUCUCUAAACGCUGAGAAGAUCCUUUUUGCUCGGCCUGCUGCCCUCCUGAAACUGAAAGUUAAGGGACGUGCAAUCAACCUCUGGGUAAAUACUGUACAUCAGGGCUAAACACUCACAUGUUAAAAAAAAUAAAAAUUAGGAAUUAAAAUGAAAGCAAAUGUGGGACCAUUGGUCACUUGAACCCAUGUAAAGCACUUUUUGCUAUCAUGGAUUUUUGAUGAUGUGAUGUUAUUGGCAAAUGCUGGUAUAAAGCUGUAACCCUAAUGUACCAUCUCCUCUAGUACAGCAAGACUGACUUAUAUACCAACAUGGUACAAUCUUAUUCUAUUGCAGUAGCCACUAACAAGCAGACUAGACCAGGAAAAGCUGAUUGGUUAGUGCACCUGUGUUACUGCAUAAGCUCUACAAUGUUGUGCAUCACUCUUCUAACAAUCCCAUUACACUGUAAGAGGGACGGGCCUUUUUAUGAUGUCGGCCUUCUGAUUCAGAGAUUUCAAUCUUGGGGCCGCAAGCUGUUGUUACACUAUUACUCCCAGCAUGCCAUCUGCCUUCAGUAGUGAUGGACGAAUCCGUCCCGAAUUCGCGAAACCGCAAAAAAAUUGUGAAACGUGUUGGUCAAAAUAAUUUUUAAGCAUGACAAUUUUGACAUGAGCGACAAUUUUUUUUAAGUGCGACUCUUUUGUCCAAAUGCAUUAAAGUCAAUGGGCGUCCGAAUUUUCGCCACUGCUUUGCAAAAACAUUUGUGGUGAAAUGUGAAAAUUCACCGCAAAUCCAUGCCCAGAGAUACCCAUUGGGGACUGGACUUUAACAAUUGCAUUGAGUUGACAUCACCGUUUUAUUAACUUUUCUUACACCUUGGAAUAAAAGGCAACUCAAAGUACAACAUUGAUAUACUCGCUCUCUCCCCCUCCCGCUCUCUUUUUUUCUUUCUUUCUCUCUCUUUCUUUCUCUCUUUUUCUCUUUCUUUCUCUCUUUUUUUCUCUCUCUCUUGCUGUAAUUAGGAAGAGGAGAUGGUACAUGGGUUCAGGAUUUGUUCCCUUUAAUUUGUUCCUGUAUUCCUUUUAUGUCAUGUCUUUUUUUUAAAUGCCCCCAGUGUUGUUUUUAAGUUUUAUUAAAGGGAAAUUGUAUUGAAAA